AUGGGGUUCUCCUUCGGCCAUAGAGACAGUGAGAGGGAGAAAAGAGAUGUCGAAGCCGAAAAACUGGCCAGAGGGAUUGCCAUAUCUAAAGCUAAACCAGGGUCCUCGUCGAUUCCCAUAGUGCCCAUCUCAUCCACAGCCGCACCGUCGGCCAAGGUCAAGAUUCAAGCGAUUCGAGACUCGUCCCAUCCGGCGAAUGGACAGUACGGCUUGUUCGCGGCCCAAUGCCUCCCGGCGGGUUCAUUCAUCCUCGCUUACCUAGGUCGCGUACACGCGGGCGCCUCCUCCUCGUCGGAGAGCGACUACGACCUCUGGCUGGACAAGGAGGCCGAUGUAGCUGUGGACGCUGCUCGGGAGGGCAAUGAGGGUCGGUUCGUCAAUGACUACCGCGGGAUCGGGCACCGGGCCAAUGCCGUCUUCGGACCAGCCUACUGCGAGCGCUGGGGCGAGCUUUGCGUCGGCCUCUGGGUUGUCGGCGGGAAGAAGGUUGGCAAGGGCAUCAAGAAGGGGGAGGAGAUCCUCGUAAGCUACGGAAAGGGGUUCUGGAAAGAGAGGAUGGGAGACGUCGCAGACGAAUAUCAGGAUGCCGAUGCCAAUGUCAACGCCGACGCGGACGCCAACGGAUGA